AUGACUUUCGAUGCGCUCUCCCCCAAAGAGGUGGCUGAGGCCGUCUCAAACCUAGGCGCACAUAAGGGACAUAUGCGACUGGACAAAGUCUUUUUUAGUGCAGUAUCAGCUGGCUGUUUGCUUGCAUUCGCUUGCGGGACCACUCUUAGCACCAAUGCCACACCCUGGUUUCAGGAGAAUGCCCCAGGCUUGAUACGAACCAUUGGCGCCUUGGUGUUUCCUUAUGGCCUGUGCAUGAUCCUCCUAACAGGUGCGGACCUUUGCACAGGAUCAUUUAUGUUUACUUCAGUUGCAGCGCUCCAUCGACGCUUGUCGUGGUCAAAAAUGUUGCUCCACUGGGCUGUGACAUUUGUCGGCAACCUUGCCGGGUCUUUGUUUGUGGUCGCUAUCAUAUUUGGCUACGGAAAUACCUUUUCUGCAGAGCCAUUCAAGUCCGCCGUGAUUUCUUUUGCCACAAAGAAGCAGGUCACUCCUGAUUUUCACAUGAUAUUUCUCCGUGGGAUUGGAUGCAACUGGCUAGUCUGUUUAGCUUGCUUCUUUGGUAUUCAAGGUCGUGACCUAGGAUCCAAGAUUAUUGGAAUCUGGUUGCCGACGUUUGCAUUCGUCUCUCUGGGCUUCGACCACGUCGUUGCAAAUAUGACAUUCAUCCCAUUGGGUAUAUGGCUAGAAGCACCACAGAUUACAACUGCCCUCUACAUCUGGAAAGGUAUCAUCCCGACCUUAUUGGGAAAUAUCAUCGGUGGAGGUGUAUUCUGUGGAACUUACUACUGGUACAUGUAUCUCCUCAAUCUCAACACCCUGCCUUUAUAUGGUGAGAAAAGGGUUCGGAGUGGCUCGUUGGAGUCAGUUUCAAGCACAGAUCGAGGAGCUGCCAAGCGACCGGACGUUGAGGCUUCCGCUGGAGGCUUCGGCAACCAAAACCCACAUGAAUGA